GUGGAGGUUGAGAGUGUUAGUGUGACAUGUGACGCAGCGGGAGUGACGCUAUCAUUGUUCUCUCACCAUCAACGUUCAUCUAUCUUAAUUCCUCUGUGGAAGCUGAUAUUCUCUUACGUAUAAACCCAAGUUCUGGGUAUUUAAUUCCUCUCGGCACUGGAAAAAGAGUUAAGAAGGCUGUACAUCCAAAGUGCAGUAUGGCUCUAGGAAAACACAAUAAAGGGAGGCUAUCAGUGGCAGAUGCUGAGGACAUUAUGGAGGAAGCUCGUUCUAAAGAUUUUUGGAUUGUUGACUAUGCUUUUGACAAUUGCCGGACCCUACAAGCGGCACUUGAUGUGCUGUAUAACACCAUCCCUGGCAAUAAGUAUGUAGUCAACUACCAAGAUAAUCAGAAUGGGACUCGCCUUAGUAUCCAUUGUAAGGUUUGCACCAAGGACUUGACAUCUUAUGAUCCAUUUAACACUCACGAAAAUGGCAAAACCCACAAGAAGUGUCGGCAGCAAUUAUUAACACCAAAGGAUCCAAACCUCAGAAGGCAGCUGGUCCGAAGACAUCUCAAUGAGCCACGUGGAAUAUUUCUUGAAGGCUCUUUAGAAAAUAUGAUAGAUUCAACUGAAUUAAAUGUAUUAGGUGUGCAGUUUGUCUACAAGGAGGUUAUUCACGGCAAAAAUUUAUUCACUUGCCAGCUAUGUCAAAGAGACAACGACAGCGUCAAACGUAUCCGGUCAUCUGAAAUGUUGUCACACUUGACUUCCAAGGAAUACCAUGGAAAAUGCAUGCCUCACAAUGCAAAAUACUUAAAAGUGAAAUUUGGCUAUUACAAGAGCUCAGUUGAUAUCCUAGAAGAAAUCGUCGAGGAUAUUGCAAAGUAUGAAGGGAAGAUUCAUGCAAAUAUUGCAGAUUUCACCAAGCAACUGCCACCAGAUAUGACUGAGAGUACUUCAGAAAAUUUCAUACCAAUCUCUGGCUCAGACAGGAGUCGUUGUUCUAGGAGUCGCUCAUGCAGUUUAGCUUCCUUAAGUCCUUCAAGAAGUGUUCACUCUAGAAGUAAAUCACCAAGAAAAUCAGAAUCUCCAGAGCUGGUACAUCUUCCAGAGUUAAAGAAACCUGUUAAAUAUGAUGUAGAGGUUGAAGCAAACUUUGACACGGCGAAGGAUAUUUUAAAAGAUGGACUACUCUUGAAGGAGACUGAAUGUCGGGAAAUGCUGCAGGAGGAUGCCGACAUGCAGGGCAUGCUUAUUCAAACUCUGUGGACGCUUAAUCAGAAGCUCGAUAAAUAUUAUAGCCGGACAGGAGUGGUAUUCACUAAAAAAAAUGAAGAAACUGUCACCCUUAAACAGUGCACAGAAAAGGUCCGUAAGAAUAUAGAACAACUGCAUGUAAUUCAUCCCACUUCUGAACACCAACACUGAUGAAGCUUAGGGGAGUGUGACCAGACUGCAUAUCAUUAGGCAUUUGAAACUCCUACAUCAUAAGACAGCAAGAAUAAUGUAACUAAACUUUCAGCAUUGUUAGAUGUUUAAAACCAAAAUUGUUUUGCUCAAUUUACAAAUUUACAAACAAAAAUUUGCUCCUAUUAACUUUGAGAAUUGCCAGUUUGGUAUUAUUGUAUAGUAUUAAUAUCAUAUAUCAGGCCAUUCCAUAAGGUUUUUGUGCGCUAUAUGUAAUUUACAUUAUCUUUGUUUAGCUAUUUUAUCCAGUAUAUAUGCACUAAACUAUUUCCUCCAGUACUACCACUCCACUUGAGUGGUGGUACUGUGCAAGUAAUAGUUAAUAAAAAAAAAUCAUAAAAUUAGAAAGAUAAUUUUGAUUUAUUUCUUGACAAGGAGUGCUCAAAAUAUAUGAAUUUCAAAGCAUGUGUCCUAGGAUUAUUUUACAUUAACAGUUAUGUCAGUUUUUUUUUUUUUUACCAGUUAGUACUAUUUUGAGAUAAUCAGCAAAUUAAUUUCUGAGCCAUCUUUCCAUGGAUCUCCUGUACCAUCAUUAAAUACAUUUUAUAUUGAUUGUGUAACAAAUAUGAUUAUUGGAUGAAUAUUUGAAGCCAAAAAUUUUGUUGCUCAUCUUGGAAGAAUAGUUGCACUUAAAAAUUAAAUGAAGAACUUUAUUAGAAUAGAUUUUAUCAUUAAGGAAUUUAAGAUCGGAAAAUUUAUCAUGCUACAAAGAAGCAACUUCUAAUAACCUCAUUGCAGGUUACUUAGUAGUUGGCAAUUCUCAUUACUGCCCUGUAAAAAAUUUGCUGAAGGAAAACUAGUCAGGGUCUUGAAUUAACAAUUUAGUAUUUAGUUCUGAGUACAUUUCCCUAAUGCAGAUACUAUACAGUACUUACAGUUUAUAUUGAAUAGCUUGCCAUGUAUAUAAAGUAAAAGGGUAUUCUGCCAUGCUCAUUUUGUAACUCAAAAUUAUAGUAACAUAGUUGCAAACAAACCACAUAAUGGGUCGGGUUUGAACCCAUGGCGAGUGAGUCGAACUCCAGGAGAGUGGCUUACUCACUGGCCUGGAGUUUUACGAGUCACUUGCUGUGGAUUCAAGCCCCACCUAGUCUUUGGUUUCUUAUUUUGUACUUGUGCAUUUAUAUUGUAUUCUAAGAAUGUAUUCAAGGUAAAAAAAAAUAUGAACUUUGUAAAAUGCAUUAAAUGUUUUGCAUGUAUACCUUUA